AUCUCAGGAAUUUUAUUGAUUCAAGCCUUGUCCCAAUUGAAAUCACCUUCUUCUCUCUCUCCAGCCCCCCACCCUCCCUGCCCCAACCACCCCAUCCUAGCUCUUCUUUCUGUUUUCACUUUCAGCACUGAAGCUCUGAUGGUUCACCUCUUCCAGGACAUAGAUCCAUAAAGGUCAGCCCUGCACCCUGAACAGCUCAGAGGGAGGAGCCAGACCAGUAGCGCCUGAUGCCCUGCCCUCUUCAGCCCUAAACAGAUGCCUCCAUAAUGGCAGUGGGUGAGGCCCUGGUGCACAUCAGAGCCACUCUUCUGCUGCUCUCAUUUGGGGUGUCUUUGUUCAUUUCUGACCACUCUCAGGCCAGGGCCUCCCAGCACUUCUCCUCUCCAGAACUGGUGAUCCCCUUGAAGGUGACUGGCAGGGGCAGAAAUGCAAAGGCUCCGGGCUGGCUCUCCUACAGCCUGCGGUUUGGGGGCCAGAGACACAUUGCCCACAUGAGGGUCAAGAAGUUCUUGGUUUCCAGAUACCUCCCAGUGUUCACCUACACAGACCAGCGUGCCCUCCGCCAGGAUCAGCCUUUUGUUCCUGAUGACUGCUACUAUCAUGGUUAUGUGGAGGGGGUUCCCAAGUCCCUGGUUGCCCUCAGUACUUGUUCUGGAGGUUUUCGAGGAAUACUACAGAUAAAUGAUCUUGCUUAUGAAAUUGAACCAGUUAGGUUUUCUGCCACAUUUGAACACUGGGUGUAUAAGAUAGACAGUGAUGAUACACAGUUCCCACCUAUGAGAUGUGGGUUAACAGAAAAGGAUAUAGCACGCCAACUGGAGUUGCAAGAGUUGCAUAAUUUCACUCUGAUGCAAAGUUCUUACACAGGCUGGUGGACCCACUUGCGUUUUCUUGAGUUGGUAGUGGUUGUGGACAAUCUUCGAUUCGUUCACUCGGAAAGUAAUGUGUCAGUAGUGCAGCGUGAAAUACUUGAUGUUGUCAAUAUAAUAGGUAGCUUGUAUCACUCUUUGGAACUUGUUGUAAUUUUAACUGGGCUUGAAGUCUGGACUAAAGGAAACCCAGUUCCCAUCGAUAACAUAGAUAAGCUUUUGGAGGAUUUUUCUGUUUGGAAGUAUUUUAGCCUUGAUCACCGACUGUCACAUGAUGCGGCCCAUCUUUUCAUAAAGAAAUCGUUUGGCAUAACGCUUGGACUUGCCUAUGUUGGUGGAAUAUGCCAGCGUCCUUUUAAUAGUGGAGUUAAUGUUUUUGAAGACGAGAGUCUGUAUGCUUUUGCAAUUGUUGUGACCCAUGAACUUGGUCAUAAUUUAGGUAUGCAGCAUGAUACUGAAUGGUGUGUGUGUGAACUUCAGUGGUGCAUAAUGUUUCCUGCCAGAGAGGUGACAAAUAAAUUCAGCAACUGCAGUUAUGCCGAGUAUUGGGACAAUCUUAUCAGUAAUGGAUUAUGUCUUUACUCUCCUCCACAUCCAGGGAAUAUCUUUAGGCUGAAGUAUUGUGGGAACCUAGUGGUUGAAGAAGGAGAGGAGUGUGACUGUGGAACCAUAGAGCAGUGCAGAAAUGAUCCCUGCUGUCUGUUGAAUUGCACUCUGAAGCCUGGAGCUGCUUGUGCUUUCGGGCUUUGUUGUAAAGACUGCAAGGUCAUGUCAUCAGGGACUUUGUGCAGAAAACAGGUCAGUGAAUGUGACCUUCCAGAGUGGUGCAAUGGGACAUCCCAUCAGUGCCCAGAAGAUGUAUAUGUGCAGGAUGGGAUUCCCUGUAGUGAUGGUGCCUACUGCUAUCAAAAGAGCUGUAAUAACCAUGAUGAACAGUGCAGGGAGAUAUUUGGCGAAGAUGCAAGGAGUGCACCUCAGAGUUGCUACAAAGAAAUCAACACCCAAGGAAAUCGAUUUGGUCACUGUGGUAUCAAAGACACACAGUACGUAAAAUGUGCAUCCCCUGAUAUCCUGUGUGGGAGAGUUCAGUGUGAAAAUGUGGGAGUAAUUCCUAAUCUGAUAGAACAUUCCACAGUGCAUCAGCUUCACUUCAAUGACACCACUUGUUGGGGCACUGAUUAUCAUAUAGGGAUGUCCAUAUCUGAUAUCGGUCAAGUGAAAGACGGCACAAUGUGUGGUCCAGGAAAGAUAUGUAUCCGCAACAAGUGUGUCAGUAUGGUUCGUGUACCACAAGCCUGUCAGCCUGAGACCUGCCAUAUGAAGGGGAUCUGCAAUAAUAAACAGCAAUGCCACUGCAAUCCUGGAUGGGCACCUCCCUACUGUGAACAGCAAGGCAAUGGAGGUAGUAAUAGUAGUGGCCCACCUUUUAAUCCCCAAGCAGAAGAGACAGGACUGAAGGAGAAGGGAAAACAGCCAUUAUUGUGGCUUAUUCCUUUGACUUGUUUAUUUUUACGUUGCAUCUUUGUGCUUUAUGAGAAACAUAAAAAGGAGGAGGCAGAAACGAUGGAAGAAAAAGAGACUGAGGAGGAAGAAGGUGACUAAGGCUCCUGCUUCAUUUUUUUUUUAAAUCUCUGGUUUUUCUUUUAAUAGUAGAGAAGUAUUAGGGCAUGUCUGACUGUUUCAAGAAAAAUUUAAGGAUCCCUCAUGUCAGAAUCAUAAGCAUUAAUAUUUCACUGAAGGAUUCCUAGCAUGUUCUUACUUACUCUUCAGUGUGUUAAGCAAUAUUAAAAGUUCAUUUUUUUUCCUGGAAGUCAUCUCUUUAUGUUUCCUGAGCAAAGGCAUGGCAAAGUCACAUUUUUAAGCUAAUGUCUCAUCAGUUGUAAACCUCCUCCCACCUUUGUAUUCUUAAAAUGUAAUGUCCGGGAUGUGCCGCUACAUACCCCGUUGCUGCUUUGCCAGCUCUUUUCCAGGUAGCUGUGCCAAAAGGGGGCAGUAGAAGUAGCCUGGAAUGGUGGAUGAAGGGAGCAGGGAGUUUACUUUCUUGUGUGCUAAGAGUUACUCUGUCAUUUUGGUAGCCACAUUUGGCUUUGGAUUGCAGUUUUGUUGACCCUGUUAGAACUACCCUCAUUCUUCAUUAGAAGUACCAGCACCAGAUGACCACUGAUACUUUCAGAGAUCAGAGUUGCAGCUCUGGGGUUAGCAGUGUGGUCCUCCUCUGAGUUGCUGAAGCACCAGCAUCAGCUAGUCACUUGCUCUCCUUAGAGGUCUUGGUGCCUGCUCUGCAGGGGGCCUCCUUAAAUCACCAGUACUUGAAUGAACCCAACCUCUUUCCUUUGUUCCCUUGGCCCUAGGACAUCUAGGUGCUUUCAGUAGUUACUUCAUUAUGAUAGUUUGAGUUCUCCAGUAGCAGACACUGAAUUAAAGGUUAGAGAGAAAGGUUGAUGAAGUCAGUUGUGCAGAUGAGAAAUAGCCUUGGCCAUUUCACAUUUCAGCCUUGGCCAACCUGGCAGCAAGCUCUAGGAUGAAUAUUGCCUGACAGACUAGUCUUGAAUUGGUCCAAAAUGGCCUGGUCUUCAUUCCCUCCUCUUGCUUAUUCACUGGAUGUGAGUGCCCUGGGAAGGGUAAGAGCUUGGCCGUGCACCUCCCAGCAACUGAGACUGACCCCAAAGAGCUAACAUCUGGAGGCUCUGUGCUGAUCAUAAUCCCAGCAGCUGGUCAGCAAGACUUUCCUGGGAGGAGGAUGAAGGUGGCUCAUUGGGAAAUUCCACAGUCUGGUCUUUGCAUUGCUCUGAUCAACUUUUCUUUAUAUGUUCUGGAAACAGCUCCUCCAGGAUUCUGGCAGGCAUCUCUGCCUGUGGGGAACCAUAGAAGAGGGAGGUUAGUGGGAUGAAGCAGAGACCCUAGUACUGUGUUUGGUUCUGGGGCUAAAGUUGAUACUGUCUCUCCACUAUCUGUUCUAGUUUCCCUCAUCUCUAGAUAGCAUUCUGAUGACUUGGGUUGGAUGUUAACCCUGUGUUAUUACCCAGGCCCUUAUCUUUAAAGCACCCGAGUGCCUGGUCACCAUGUCUUUCUCAGGCUCGGAUUGCUGAAUCUAUCCAUUUAUAGUAGCAAUAGAGCUAGAAAAUACAAAGAGGCACCUAAGGAGAUCACCUGGGUUCCACACAUAUGCCCUACCUCCUCUCAAUGAUUAGGCUCCAGUAUGCCUGUCAAGACUGUGACACCUCUUCUUGCUACUGCAGGGACACAGGGAGCCCCAAAUGCCCAGGUGGGACUCCAGCUUUGUCCCAUUGUGAAAGUAUGACCCAUUUGGUGACCCUGCAGAGCCUAGAGUUGCAGGGGACAGGAGGCACGAACCACCUCAGUGAGUCAUAGGUAGUGAUGGUAAGUGGUGCCACUUCUCCUUCCAGCCCCUGGUUCCCACCCAUGUAGAGGCCUCUGGUUUAGUGUGUACAACCCAUCAUGGAAUGGUACUUGUAUUAGGGUUCAGCAGAGAAACAGAACCAACAGGAUAUGGUGAUUUAUAUAUUUAUCCUUUCCCCAGAAGAGGAAGUAAAGCCCUCAGGGAUGUUUGUUCUUCCUGAUAUCCGGUAACUUAAAUACUAUGAUGUGAAAUUAAUAAUGAGAUACUAUGAUAUAAAUUCAAUAUGUCUUAUGCUACAUGUUAAGGGAAUAAGAGGAAAUAACAAGGAAAAAGAAAGGAAAGAAAACAAACAGGAAAUAUGAAUGCAAAUGUAUUCAUAUAAAAAUAAGAACAUACUCGCAACGUAUUACAGUCCUUGUUUCUAUAACUGGUCACAUGGUUGUAGCUGGUAUUUAUGACCAUCUUCUUUUACCACCCACUCUGUUCCCUUUGCUUUCAGCAAGUACUUCAUCUAAUCAUUGUUCUUUACCUGGUGGGGUGAUCCAAACCUUUAUUCCUGAAGGGUCUGGGCCAAUGCUGGAUUGGGUUGUUAUAGUUUUCCAUUGACCUUAAUAACAGGGCAUGGUAAUACUGAGAUACCCUAAGCUAUUUCCUGUGUUCCAGACCUACUCUUCCUUACCUUUACUGUGGAGAAGUAGUCCAAUUUCCCCUGGGUAAUCAGGAUCAAUCACCCCAGCCAUCACCAUAGUUCCAUUCGUCGCCUAUUGAUUCAGAGGCAUGAGGAGCCCAAACUGGCCAGGUGGCAGUCUUUUUUUCUUUUCUUUUCUUUUUAAACAUCUUUAUUGGAGUAUAAUUGCUUUACAAUGGUGUGUUAGUUUCUGAUUUAUAACAAAGUGAAUCAGUUAUACAUAUACAUAUAUAUCCAUAUCUCCUCCCUCUUGCAUGUCCCUCCCACCCUCACUAUCCCACCCCUCUAGGUAGACACAAAGCAUCGAGCUGAUCUCCCUGUGCUAUGUGGCUGCUUCCCACUAGCUAUCUAUUUUACAUUUGGUAGUGUAUAUAUGUCCACGCCACUCUCUCACUGCGUUCCAGCUUACCCUUCCCCCUCCCCGUGUCCUCAAGUCCAUUCUCUAUGUCUGCGUCUUUAUUCCUAUCCUGCCCCUAGGUUCUUCAGAGACUUCUUUUUUUUUUUAGAUUCCAUAUAUAUGUGUUAGCAUACGGUAUGUGUUUUUCUCUUUCUGACUUACUUCACUCUGUAUGACAGGCUCUAGGUCCAUCCACCUCACUACAAGUAACUCAAUUUCGUUUCUUUUUAUGGCUGAGUAAUAUUCCAUUGUAUAUAUGUGCCACAUCUUCUUUAUCCAUUCAUCCGAUGAUGGACACUUAGGUUGCUUCCAUGUCCUGGCUAUUGUAAAUAGAGCUGCAAUGAACAUUGUGGUACAUGACUCUUUUCUAAUUAUGGUUUUCUCAGGGUAUAUGCCCAGUAGUGGGAUUGCUGGGUUGUAUGGUAGUUCUAUUUGUAGUUUUUUAAGGAACCUCCAUACUGUUCUCCAUAGUGGCUGUAUCAAUUUACAUUCCCACCAGCAGUGCAAGAGUGUUCCCUUUUCCCACACCCUCUCCAGCAUUUAUUGUUUGUAGAUGUUUUGAUGAUGGCAGAUGGCAGUCUUAACUUCCAGUUAAUAGAAUCAUUGUUGUGUCUCCUGGUGGAAGCAUUCCUCCCUCUAGGACUAAGACCUCUAGGCCAGCAAAGAGUAAAGUCAUGGAAACAGGAAGCAAAAACUUUGCUAGUGGGUCACUAAGGUUAAUAAUGAGUGGUGUUGGGCUUUCCUGGUGGCGCAGUGGUGGAGAAUCUGCCUGCUAAUGCAGGGGACACGGGUUCGAGCCCUGGUCUGGGAAGAUCCCACAUGCUGCGGAGCAACUAGGCCCAUGAGCCACAACUACUGAGCCUGGGCAUCUGGAGCCUGUGCUCCUCAACAAGAGAGGCCACGAUAGUGAGAGGCCCGCGCACCGCGAUGAAGAGUGGCCUCCACUCAACGCAACUAGAGAAAGCCCUCACACAGAAAUGAAGACCCAACACAGCCAAAAAUAAAUAAAUAAAUAAAAUUUUAAAAAUAAAAAAUAAUGAGUGGUGUCAAUUCCAUUUCCACCUUGAUUCCUGGACUCAUGAAUCCUGGGUUUGGGAGAAACAGCACCAUAUAUUGGACGUUGAUUCAGGGCAUAUACAGCAUUCUGGAGACCCUUGCUCCAGCCCUGUAAGGUAUGGCCACCUAGCUGGCACUAUAACUGAGUCUUCAAAAGGCCAUUCCACCAUUCUGUCAAGACAACUGCUUCAGGAUGGUGGGGAACAUGGUAAGACCAGUGAAUUCUAUAAGCAUGGACCAAUUGCCACUUUUU